GGGCGAUGCAAGGGGCUGGUUCGUAUGUUGCGUAUUUGUUUCUCUUCCGCUUGAAGACGUAAGCAGCUGUCGCGAUGUCGGCCCAUAAAACUUUUAUCAUCAAAAGGAAAUUAGCGAAGAAGCUUAAGCAAAAUCGGCCAAUCCCACAAUGGGUCCGAAUGAGGACGGGUAAUACAAUCCGGUACAAUGCAAAGAGGAGACACUGGAGAAGAACAAAACUUAAGCUGUAAGACCAUGGUGAUUUUUAAACAAAUAAAGUUCUUCGAAGGUGUUUAAACAAUUAUUUUGUAUUUCUGUCCCCAACGCGUUUCAGCAUUUCAAUACUUAUAAAUGCAUUAAAUAAGUUUAGAAGAGAAUAGAUAUUUAUUUUUAAUUUGUAAAAAAAUCACAAAGGUGUUCGAAUUUCAACUUUAGGCAACUUAGAUAAAAAAUUAAGUCUACUGUUGGAAUAAAAAAAGUUAUUUCGAAACCUUAUUAUUUUAAUAGUCUACAAUUGUAAGAAAUCUUUAUUAACUAUUGAGUAUAGGAAUGACACUAAAAAUAAGGUUUUUGUUUGG